AUGACAGCGGCCAAAUACGUUGAUAGUCGAGCCUAUAAUGUUUGGCGAACAUGGGCACAGCAUAUACCUGGAAAGGUGUUUUUUUUUGUUGCUGAAAACACGGAAACUGAACAUCCGGAAUUACCGAUAAUUCGGCUAAGGGGUGUUGAUGAUGCAUAUCCACCGCAAAAGAAGUCGUUUGCAAUGUUGAAAUGGAUGGCCGAUAAUCACUUGAACGAUUUCGACUGGUUUAUGCGAGCCGAUGACGAUCUGUACGUUCGUGGAGAUCGUCUCGAACAGUUAUUACGUUCUUUGGACUCUGACAAGGCACAAUUAAUUGGCCAAGCUGGAUUGGGAAGUGUUGCUGAAUACGGACAGUUAGCACUUGGAGAAAAGGAUAACUACUGUAUGGGUGGACCUGGUGUUGUCAUGUCUCGUGAAACGUUAAGAAGUGUUGCGCCACACCUAAGAUCAUGUUUGAUGGAGAUGCUAACGACACAUGAAGAUGUUGAACUUGGCAGGUGUAUCAGAAAGCAUGUUGGUGUAGCAUGUACUUGGAAUUAUGAGAUGCAGACACUGUUCCACAAUAAUCAAUCUGUACCAAACGCGUACGAUGGAAAAAGCAUCAAUGAACUGCGACAUUCCAUAACAUUACAUCCAAUCAAACACGGAUCAACAAUGCGAAAAAUCCAUGUAAACAAUAGAAUCCUGCGACUUGCUGCCUUACGUUCACGACAAGUGGUACUACUCAAUUCGUUACCGCAGUCACCACCACCAUCACUAACAAGGCGUGUCGCUAACACUACAUCGGAUCUGAUGCAUUGGGAUUAUAUUGCAUCUAAUAGUAUUCUGUUCUGUUCAAGAGAUGUUAACUGUCCAAGGCACACCGUAGAUCUCAGUGUCAGAACUGCAGUGAGCGAAGUUAUUACGCAGCUUUUUGACGAAUUCAAUCAAAAUGCUAGGCAACGGGGACGAACGUUACAGUUUCAAAACAUUCAAUACGGUUAUACACGAGUCGAACCACGUUUUGGCGUCGACUAUGUGCUUGACAUGAUCCUCUGGUUCAAAAAAUUCCGACCACCGCAUAGAGCAACGUUAUCUGUCCGAAGGCACGCCUAUGUACAACAAACUUUUGGUCCUAUUAUGGCUGCCACUGACAAUCAUGUUCGUUUUCUCCUCCGUCAACGAACAGAAAAAAUUAGAAAACAGGCAACUUUGAAAAAAAAUGUUGAUUAUCAAUGGUCACGAGAGGUGCUUACGCCAGAAAAUCCACAUGUUCAUCUUAUUUUACCGUUGGCCGGAAGAGCUGACAUUUUUAAACGGUUUUCUAGAAAUUUGAAAACUUUAUGCCCAGACAAUAAAAGUUUUUCACUUAUCGUCGUUCUUUUCAAUUCAAAUGAAUAUAAUGAAGACGUUGCUAACAACGAAACUAUACAUGAUAUGUCGAGUAAGGUUAAUGUUCAGGUGGUAAGAAUGGGGAAUUUAACGUUUAGUCGAGGAUUAGGUUUAGCAAAAGGAGCCGCUUUGUUAAAGCCUGAUGCGUUAAUAUUUUUUACUGAUGUUGAUAUGUUAUUUACCUGUGAUACUCUUGACCGCAUACGUUUGAAUACUAUUCGCGGUGCUCAGAUUUACUUCCCUGUAGUGUUCAGUGAAUAUUCACCAGAUACUUGGUCUAAACGAGAAAAAGAAAACUCCAUUCCUUUUGAAUAUGGUCGUCGCAAAGGAUACUUUCGACAUUUUGGUUUUGGACUAGUAUCUUUGUAUAAAUCAGAUCUAGACGCUGUUGGUGGUAUAAACGUUACAAUAAAGGGUUGGGGACUUGAAGAUGUCGAUCUUUUCGAGAAAUGCGUUCGUUCAUCUCUACGAAUUUUGCGGAUUCCAGACCCCAGUUUAGUUCAUGUGUUCCACCAAAUUCGGUGUCCAAAAACUAUGCCAGACGCUCAGUAUAAAAUGUGUGUCGGCUCCAAAGCUGCAAGUUUGGCAUCCUUAGAUUAUUUAGCUGAACAAGCAUUCAAACUUUCUUAG